AUGUUGCCAAUUCUCCAUUCUCAGGAAAUGACCAAGACUUUCACGGGGCCUGUGCAUAGUUAUCCAUGGACGACACAUACUAGAGGGGAGAAUGGGGAGGGCGGUGAAUAUGAACGUCCUUCUACAGUGCUAUCUUUCAAGACGCUUGCGGCCAGGCGACCAGCAACUGCACCAGGUAGGGUUAUUGAUAGUGAUGUAGAUGAGAAAGUUGAGACACCUGGUUCACGGUCAUCGACGGCGAAUAGUCAUAGACUGUUAGAUGUUCCCUCAGGCCCAUGCAGUAGCCUUACCAGCGCUACGACAUCACCUAUUCCUUUAACUGAUAAGACGUGUCCCGUAUGUUUAAAGGAAUUCACGAGAAAGACUUCGCUCAACACACAUCUGCUGAUCCACGCAGAUAUUCGGCCCUACCGAUGCAAGUAUCCGGAUUGCAAAAAGACCUUUAACGUGAAGAGCAAUUUAAACAGACAUCUGAAAAUCCACAAGAAACAAGAACUAAAGGGCGGCGAGAAAAGCUCCCUGGAGGAGGCAUUUCAUUGA